AUGGAUCAAGAUACAAUGAGCCCAAAUCGAGCCACAAGCUCAUCCUCUGCUCCCCAAACCCCCAAGAGCAAGCUCUACCCGGGCAAACGAGCCCCCAAAAACAUGAAUCCCCUCCAAAAAGGAAUCCACGCCUACUUGACAACACACAUCGCGCCAUCCGUACUCUCAGACCACGGGAUUUCGUUAGAGACGUUACUGCCUACAUUACCGAAACGAUAUACCGUCUACGAGCCCAUGUUGCUUUUACCUGUGAAUGCGCUGAGCACGCCCCCUGUCUGGAGCGCGCUGUAUCAAUCGCUCAGCGAGGAGGACAGAACUGUCCUGUACGCGUCGAUAGCGAACGCGUUUAGUGCACUGGGUGUGACGCAUGUUGCGAUCAACGCGCCAAUUGCGUUGACGGAUGUGCAAGGGCAGGAGAAUAAAAUGAGGAGUCCGGUGGGGUUGGUGCCUCUUUAUGGGGAUUUUGGGGCCCUUCCUUCAGGAGAUGACGAGAUGGGACAGCCUGGCGAGGAGGAUCUACGGCGGGCGUUUUGGGUGCGAACGGUGCAGAAUCAUGGGAUUGUUCAGAUCUGGGCGCCGCUGUAUACGAUGUUCUCGAGGGGGAAUAUCACGGAGAAGGCGCGGAUAUUGGGCCAUGGAGGGGCGUUUGAGGGUCUUGAUGAGAGCUCGUUGAGGGGGGAUGGGAUUGGGGAUAUCAGUGUGGUGGAUAUGUAUGCGGGCAUUGGAUACUUUGUUUUCUCGUAUCUGAAACGAGGAGUCAGGCGGGUGUGGGGAUGGGAGAUUAAUGGGUGGUCGGUGGAGGGUUUGCGAAGGGGUUGCGUCGAGAAUGGAUGGGGAUGCAAGGUAGUGCGAGUUCGAGAGGAUGGGAGUCUGAGCGAACCUAUUCCCGAGUUGGUUGAGAAUCUUCGGGAUUCGGAUAAAGUGGUCAUCUUUCAUGGGGACAACAGGUUCGCGGCUGAUAUUCUGAUGGAGGUGAAAGAGCUUAUGAGUGCUCGACAAUCUUGGAACAGCAUUCGACAUGUGAAUCUCGGUCUCCUGCCCUCAUCGUCUGCGGCUUGGAGCAGCGCUUGCAAGAUGAUUGACUCUGGGAAAGAUGGCUGGGUCCAUGUACACGAGAAUGUGGAUGUCCAGCAAAUCGAAGAGAAAAGCCAAGAGAUCAUCAAAGAGCUGGGGAGAUUGCGAGCGCAAGUACUUGACAUCCCCGAGGUAGCUGUGGACUGCCGACACGUCGAACAAGUCAAGACCUAUGCACCGGGAGUCAUGCAUUGUGUCUUUGACAUGCGGUUGCCAUCCUCCGAACCUAACCUGCAAACAUCAGUAUGA